UGGUCCGAUGGCACAAGUCAUUCAACGCGCGUUAUGUGAAAAUUGUCGAGGAGCUCCUGAACGAGGCCCUCACCACCUACGAACGGACAUACGAGGGUUCGUUUGCCAGGCGUACCAGUAAGAAGUGUCCACGUAAAGACGUCUACCUCCCUAUCCACUUAUAUGGACAAUUGACCCAACACAAACAGGGCUUUCAGCUACUCAAAUCUCAGGAUUGUAUCCAAGAAUAUUUCCGUUGUAUCAAGUACCAGGUGCUCAACACAGAUACUGAUCUAAUUCAGUUGAAAUCUGCUCUUUGGGCUGUGGGUCACAUUGGCAUGUCAACGUAUGGAAUCGUCUGGUUGAAGGAGGAAGGUCUGGUCACCGAAAUCAUCCGACUUGCUGAGGAGUGUGGCGUGUUCUCCGUGAGAGGGACCGCUUUCUACACCCUCGGCCUUCUGGCCUCCACCCGACAGGGGGCCAACAUUCUAGCACAGUAUGGCUGGGAGUCCACGUGGCGGAACCGUUCCGAUAAAUGGCCGAUCGUGGAGCACCACGAGCCAGUGGUCGAAGACGAUGAUGAUGACGGCGGAGGCGGUGGCAGUGGUGGUCGAAGCAGCAGGGCGGGGACGGGUCUCUCCCCCGAAACUCCUAGUGAUCAUCAGAACAUUAGUCUCUCGAGCGGGGGGACUCGGUCAGACAGUGAGGAGCUGUCGUCGUCGAUGGCGACAAACAACCUCCACCUCGGGCUCAGCGGGAUGCAGAGCAGUUUCGAGCGGUAUGGCUCGUCCGAGGAACGGGAUGACCAGCCACAGCAGCAGCCUAAAGAGUCUGCCCCAGGGGCGGUGGCAGGUGGUCGCAGCAGCUAUUCGAGGGGUGGCUUUAAGGCAUCCGGUGGCCACGGAGGCCUCGGAGUCAGAAGUGGGAGCAUGGAAGAAAGGGGAAAAGGAGGAGUUAGUAGUAGUGGAAGUGGCACCAAAGACGAUUCGGACAUCACGCUCCAUCGGGUCGGCAACAUCAGUCGCAGCUCGACGCUGCCGCCUCGGUCGAGCGGGUUCGAUCGGUCACAAGUGGGCGCAGGUCGUUUCUCUACGAAGAGCAAGUCGAUGCAUGGCUUUGUGAGGGAACGCGGGUUCCUGUCUCCCAUGAACCCGCCGCCCGGCACGGCGGCGCCGGCCGUCGACCGGGACCGCGACAGGUCGCCGACCAAGUCCCUCCACAUCAUGCUGUUCUCUUCGUCGCAGUCGGAGAGGUCGUCGAUUGACAAGGUCGAGGAAGAGAACUCCGACUCGCUGUCCGAAUGCCAGGAGACCGACCCGGCCGGCGACGAAGAGGAGGAGGAGGAGGAGGACGAGGAUCAGCAGCUGGGUGCCGGUCGGAACGACAACGACGACAACAACAACAACAAUAACAACAACAACAACAACCACCACAACAACAACAACAACCACCACAAUGACCACAACCACAACAAUCUCAACAACAACAACGGCGAUGCGAGCGGCAGUAGUGGUGGCGGCGGAGGGGGAAGCAUCGGCGGGGGUGGCUGGGGAGGGUGCCGUCCGUUUGAGAUUGGUGUCUACCGGACACGCGUGGGCAGCCUCCGCGAGCCACCCCAGAGCACAAGCGACAGCUCGAGGACCAGCAAGAGCCGGGCGGACAGCUUCAACACGGACUCGACAACGAGCGGCGUGAGCUCGUGCGGAGACGACUCAGCAGGCCUCGCCCCCCCGCCGCAACCGUUGACGGCCGGUGGCAGCGGCAGCGGCACCUGCUCCUCCGACCCCAUGUGCCGCAGUGGCGGCAGCCCGACGGCGUCCAGCGUCGCCCUCCUCGCCACCACGGACAGCAGCGACUCCUCCUCGGCUGCAGGCCACCACCACCACCACCACCACCACCACCACCACCACCUCCAGCACCAGUCGGCGCUGCCGGACACCGGCGGCAAGGACUACGUGCACCCGUCAUCGCAACAGCGCAAGCUGGUCAACCUGUCUCGUGUGCCCAGCAUGCGCCGUCACUGCGGCAGCCCGCCUUACGGCAUUAAGCCGUGCGUGCAGCUGCAGGGUCUUGAACACGUCGACAACCCGGUCUCCUACACGAGCACCCGAGACGCAGCUGGCCUUGCCACUCUGCGGCUCAUCCGACGCCAGCGGACGUCCAGCUCGGACGUCGACUCUGACUACGGCCUCAACAACCUGUACGGAGAGGACGAUGCAUUUAGCCGCACCUGCAGUAUUGGAUCGCAGAAAAGCGCAGAGGCCAUGAGUUUCCACGAAUCGAAGAAAGGUUCAAAGACACCGAAACGGCCGACCCUGAAACGCGUCCAGUCCGUCAGACUGGACAGCUUCAAAGAUCGGCAACAGCAGGAGGAGGACGAGAGAAUACUGCGUAACAUGAGUUCGUCCUCACUGCAGGACUUUGAGGUUCAACAUUCCAGUCCUUAUAGCACCAUGUCGAAAAGCGCCCAGACAAUACCAAGGCUUGGUUCUGUUCACGCAGAAUUUGUUGGUCUGUGUUUGCCGGUCGACAUAAACAUGUUAUUUGAGGUUGUUGAAGGUGAAGAUCGUCGCAGCAACUCCAUGUCAUCCACCCAUUCACCACCCACCGAUAGGAAAUCCACGACAAAACCCUCAGACUACAGUAAGAUGCCAAAACUGAGUGUGUCAGCGGGCUGUGACGAACCAGAACAACAUCUACCACAAAACUGCUUAAUGUGUUGUCACUUACAGAGACUGGACGGUGCGGCCAGCCAGACUGUGUCCAUCAACAUCACGGAUCUAGACAACAACAUCUCGUACCUGGACACUGUGUUACCGAUCUCAUCAGAACUGACCGGUUCUAGUCAGAAGGUUCUAGAAAGCAGCAGCAACAGUCCAACGCCAACCAUUGAACCAACACAGACACGCUUGAUCGAGGCCCGAAGCAACAGUCAUGACGCCUCCUGGGUCACCCCUAGCAGCAUAACCAGUAAUACAAGUACAGAGUCAGCAACCAAGAAGCUCACAGACGACAGCCCCUUCGGCAAGACCCAAAUCCGGAAAGAAAUCCUUAAGUUUGUCGUGAACCUGAGCAGUUCAGUUGGCUUGAAGAUGUCUGAACAAGGACUCUUGAGUUUAAAGCAGAAGUUCCCUAAGGCAUUCCAGGACCCGUGUUUCUACUCCGAUGUCUGUCAUUUACUCUCCAAUUACCUGUACGGAUUGUCGGCAAGACGGUUCAUUCAAGAGAUAUUUGACGAGCUUGACAUUACUAAGUUCCUGGAGAGACCACAGAUGAUCCUCGGCAUCAAAGAAUCUGAUUUCCAGCCCCAGAUGGAGCCAAUCCAACAGAAUAGCCUGGACAGUUUCUCCGAUAGCUUCGUAUAAAAUCUGUGACCCCCCAGAAUGAUAUUUGCACUUCAAUUUCUAUUUCGUCUUUCCUUUCAGAUUUCCUCUCCCGCCAACCAACCAACCCCCUUUUUUUUUUUUAAAACCCCUAUAUAUAUAUAUAUAUAAAUAUAAAUAUAUAUAAAUAAAUGAAUAAUAAUAAUAAU